AUGCCCCACUACUCAGAAGACGAUCAAUGCCCCACCACUCAGAAGACGACUAAUGCCCCACCACUCAGGAGACGGAUCAAUACCCCCACCACUAGAGAUGACCAAGGCCCCACCACUCAGAAGACGACCAAUGCCCCACCGCCUGGAGACGACCAAUGCCCCACUACUCAGGAGACGAUCAAUGCCCCACCACUCCAGGAGACGACUAAUGCCCCACCACUCAGGAGACGACCAAUGCCCCACACUCAGGAGACGACCAAUGCCCCACACUCAGGAGACGACCAAUGCCCCUACCUGAAGACGACCAAUGCCCCACUACUCAGAAGACGAUCAAUGCCCCCACCACUCAGAAGACGACCAAUGCCCCACCACUCAGGAGGACGACCAAUGCCCCAACACUCAGGAGACAGACCAAUGCCCCAACACUCAGGAGACGACCAAGGCCCCACCUCACCAGGAGAUGACCAUGUCCCCACCACUCAGGAGACGACCAAUGCCCCACCACUCAGGAGAUGA